UCUCGAGGGUUAAUACUAAAAUAGACAGUACAAGCACGACGACAAUCUGGACAAGAGACAACAACCGAGCGAGCAAUAGAAUGAAUUAAGCUAAAUCGACAUCUGAAGGCUUCUGCAUGCUGUGCUCUCAGUUUCCUACCAGUGCCCUCCUCCUUGCCCUCAGCCCUGUCGUGAGGCUCAGGUGCCAUGGCCGAGGCGGGUGCUGCGGCCAGGCUGAAGGACAAGCUGACCUGUCCCAGCUGCCUGGACAUUUACAGGAACCCCGUGUCCCUGGGGUGUGGUCAGAGCUUCUGCAAGGAGUUCAUCCAGAAGGAACAGAAAUGCCAGCAGGGCCCUUCCAAGUGCCCACUCUGCCUUUACCCCACAGGCCCCACCGGGGAGCUGAAGCCCAACUUCCAUCUCCGCAACAUAGUGGAGAACUUUUUGGAUGCUUCUGUUCAUCAAGGGGAGGAAAAGCAGAAAGUGCAAUGCAAACAGAAGGAGGAAAGUUUGGGGCAGCAAGCAGAGGUGAUCCUGCAGGAGCCCCAUCCGGCCAUGAAGACUUGCCUGACCUGCAAGGCCUCCCUGUGCCAAGCCCACCUGAGCAAGCACAGCACAAAGAACACCCAGAAAAACCACGUCCUGGUGGAGCCCUGUGGUGCCCAGGUUUUGGCUGAGAGGAAAUGCCCCCAGCACGGCAAAUUGCUGGAAUGCUACUGCAAGAAGGACAAGGUCUGCAUUUGCAUGCUAUGCUCUGUCCUCAACUCCCACAGGGACCACAAGACCAUCAGUGUAGAGGAGGUCCCUGGCCAAGCACAGCGUGCCUUUCUCGAAACUCUAAAAGAGGUGAAAAACUAUGAAGCUGCACUGGAUCGAAGCAUAGGAAACCUGCUGAAACAAGCCUCUGCAAAGGAGUUCUUUAGAGUACAAACAACGCUUGAAAAAUAA